GCAACCACGCAACCAAACCCCGUGCCUCCUCAGGAAUGGAAAAAUAGAACAAGAUGAGAAACUCUCCCCAUUUUCCUCAUGGCUAUAAAACACUCCCAAAUAUAUUGCGAAUUUGCGAUUGACUAUGAUACCCUUCACCGCAAGACCGGGGCGAGGGGCACCGAAAAAACGCGGAACACUUGAAAGCAAGUGUUGAUCCGUACCAAAUCCACAGGGAAAAAAUAGGGCAAGAUGGAGAGAGCUGGGUGAUCGCUUGAGCUCAUUAAAGGAGAAGAAGCCAUGGCUAUCUCUGGAGAUCUGAAAGCCUUUGCGACCUUCGCCUCUUAUCAUCCCAAGCAUCCCUUGCGGUCCGUCCUCUCUUCCUCGAAGCUUGGCAGAUUUCUCAAUGUAGGAUCAAAUGAUCUUAAGAUCACACCCAAAUGGCCAUAUAUGGAAACCCCAACUUCUAAUACAGCUCACAAUGGUCACCAAUGCUUUGGAUUUGGAGCAAACAAACUCUCCUCAACAACCAUCACUCAAGAUGCUGAAGGAAUUCUUCUUGAUGCAAUUAACAUGAACUUCUUCGAUCGUUUGAGCUUGGCAUGGAGGAUUCUAUUUCCCACCAGAACUGCAAGAAGAAAUUCCAAUGCAAGGAUCGCAAAGCAGAGGCUUAAGAUGAUCUUAUUCUCUGAUAGAUGUGCAGUCAGUGAUGAAGCAAGGAAAAAGAUUGUUCGGAAUAUCAUUGAAGCCUUGUCUGAAUUUGUUGAGAUUGAUUCUCAGGAUAAAGUCCAACUAAAUGUCUCAACAGAUCCAGACCUUGGUACGGUUUACUCUGUGACUGUCCCUGUCCGGCGAGUGAAACCUGAAUACCAAGAUUCUGAGGAGGAUUACAGGGGGAAAAUAACAGGCGUUGAAUAUAAAGACACUGGGGAGACAUCCGGAACUGUUGAUGUCACGUUUGAUUUCUUUAUUCCCAAUGAGAAAUAAUCAGUUUUCUUUCUUUAUUUAUUUCUUUCUUUUUUUCUUUCAUGGAGAAAGAUUAUCAUGCUUAGGGGUAUUGUUCUUCAUCUAGCUAUUUGAAUUUUCUUGUAACCUUUUGAACUCUUUUGGAACCUGCAGGUUGUAUAUAUUUUUGAAAUUUGUGAUCUGACUUCGAGAUUUAUUUGGAAAUGCCUACGGUUAUCCCUUCAUUGAUCCAAUGUUCAGCAGACAUUGUUAUACCAUGCAACAUUUGGACAAAUCAUAUGUUUACAUGUGAACUGGAAAAAGGAACUCUGAUGUAACAUGUCUAUCCGCAUGAAUAGUAUCCAUGUUGGCAUUGACAUAUUUGCACAAUGUUUGCAUGCAUAUAAACGGACUUAAGUGCAUAAAAAUUUAGUAUAUGCUUCAACAGAUUCCAUCUGUAUCUUCAUACUCUAUAAAAGCUUCUGAGGUGUAUGUGGAAGACUCUGCAGCAUAAUGUGCUAGAGACACUGAUGCUCAAUGCACAUCUGACAUAUAUUGAUGUCAAGUGGAAGUAAUAUUUGUUCUGGAGCAUAUUGCUCCCAACUCUCACCUUUCUUUUAUUCAGCCAAAUUCUUAUCAAUACUGAAGCAACAAAUUCAUGUUUGUAAUACUGCACGAUGAAGUUGCAGCAGAUUCUCCAAUGCAGAAAACCUCCUCUAUGCAUCCACCGGGCAGUUUUUAUCGGAUAUGGUCAAAGAGGUGAAGGAUUGACUGGCUGCCUGUUGGGAUAAAACAAGCUGAAGUACUGAACAUCAGGUGGUUUGAGGUACUCAUUGAAUAAAACAGAGUGAAUACUAAUGUAUCAAGUAGAAGCUUUUUGGAGCCCUCUCAUCGUCAUCCACACUUGCUUUAAGAGAUCUACAAUAUGGGAUUUUAUGAGCUCAGGAUUUCCCCAUUGCCUGGUAAAGGGCAACCCAGUCUCCUCAAUUAUUAUUUGGAUUUUUUGCCCAAUGAUCUUCUUCAUGCCCAUAGAGAACCAUCAUACAAUGCAUCAAAGAGUUGCCUUUUUCCCUGAAAACAAAGCAUGGUCCAAGGAUACAUGAAAUGAAUGGUCGCAAAGCAAUGGUAAAAGUGGACUUAUAGCAUUGGCAACCUAUUAAGAAACUUCACAAGAUCAGUCAUGAAUUCGGUAGCUUCAGGCAUCAAGUUGCUUCUAUAUCUGAGGCAUUGGAGAUGCAGCAAGAGGAGAAGGAUCCUGUAAAUAUGAUUGCAUCAUCCAAGGUAUUUUGGGACGAGAAAAGGCAUUUAGAGGAUGCAUAUUUGAGAAAUGGGUUUGAUCUGGCUUCUGCAAACCAGGAAACAUGCAGAGAUCAACAAACAAGUAGUAGGAACCAUGGAGGGAAUUAUAGUUAUGGCCAUAGUGACCAUGGCGGCAUAGAAGGAAGCUGGAUCAACUCAAAAAUAUGAGCUGCUGGCUGAAGCCAUGUGUGCAGCCAAGCAGAGAGGCCAACAUCACGGCCUGACCAACUGGCUGCAUCUGAACAUCGUGCUGACAGACAAUGGAAUUCACACAGGCAUGAGCCAGCUGCAUCACAUUUACUCCCCAACAAUUCCUUUGCAUAUACAAACUCAUCAAAUGGCUCAACAAAUAUGCUAUAUGCCAUGCAUCCACCACCUGUAGAUUUGGUGUCAUUCCAGCCAGGACUGCAAUUCCUCCCAUUUUCAUAUGAUCACAGUGUUGGGUAUCAUUCAUCAACUGAACCACUUGAGUUUGGAUCCUUGGAUCUGGUGCAUCUAUCGGGUGCCAAAGAAGUAAUCUAUCCAAUGAUGGAAAAUCCAGUAAGUGGGCUAUAUGAGCAAAGACAUGGCACAUACUGUGGGGGUUCUCUACCAUCUUCACCAGAGCAAGCCUCUUCACCUCAGCUGCAAAGGUAGUCCUAAUUUCAUUUUCCAUUUUCCCUUUUCAUUUUUUUCCUGUAUAUAUUGUUGUUGUUGUUAGUUUUGAAACAAUUGUAAAAUUCUCUUUACAAACGCAAA